GAGACAGCUUAUAUCAUUCAUCAGUUGAAAUUCAUAUCAACGAAACAUGUUUUCCAAAGUGGUAGUGCUCUGUGCCCUAGUGGCUGUGUCGUCAGCUGGUCUUCUCCCAACUGCCGUUCACUACUCCUCUGCUGCGGCCGUCUCUUCCCAGAGCAUUGUCCGUCACGACCAGCAACACGCCAAGGUGGCUAUUGCCGCCCCUGUCGCUUACCAGGCUGCCCCAGUCUACCAUGCCGCUCCCGCUCCCGUCUACCAUGCGGCUCCAGCGCCAGUUGCCUAUCACGCUGCCCCAGUUGCCUACCAAACUGCCCCAGUACACUACGCCGCUCCCGUCGCUAAGGUCCUUGCUCACGAAGAAAUCGCUCACCCCAAAUACGAGUACUCUUACUCCGUGGCCGACCCUCACACCGGUGAUGACAAGCAGCAACAGGAGGUCCGCGACGGUGAUGUCGUAAAGGGCUCCUACUCUUUCCACGAAGCUGAUGGCUCUAUCAGAACCGUAGAGUACACCGCUGAUGACCACAGCGGUUUCAACGCAGUCGUCCACAACACCGCUCCCACCGCCGCCCCAACCCUAGUCAAGGCCGCACCUGUCCUCCUCAAAGCUCCCGUCUAUGCUGCACCCGCUCACCAAACAGAAACAAUCAACAUGUUCUCUAAAAUUGUAGCUCUCUGCGCCCUGGUGACAGUGUCGUCAGCUGGCCUACUGCCAGCCGCCGUUCACUACUCUCCAGCUGCGGCCGUCUCUUCCCAGAGCAUUGUCCGUCACGACCAGCAACACGCCAAGGUGGCUAUUGCGGCCCCUGUCGCUUACCAGGCUGCCCCAGUCUACCAUGCCGCUCCCGCUCCCGUCUACCACGCUGCUCCAGCUCAAGUUGCCUACCACUCUGCACCAGCCCCAGUUGCCUAUCACGCUGCCCCAGUUGCCUACCAAACUGCCCCAGUACACUACGCCGCUCCCGUCACUAAGGUCCUUGCUCACGAAGAAAUCGCUUACCCCAAAUACGAGUACUCUUACUCCGUGGCCGACCCUCACACCGGUGAUGACAAGCAGCAACAGGAGGUCCGCGACGGUGAUGUCGUAAAGGGCUCCUACUCUUUCCACGAAGCUGAUGGCUCCAUCAGAACCGUUGAGUACUCCGCUGAUGACCACAGCGGUUUCAACGCGGUCGUCCACAACACCGCUCCCACCGCCGCCCCAACCCUAGUCAAGGCCGCACCUGUCCUUCUCAAAGCUCCCGUUUACGCUGCACCCGCUCACCAAUACUACCACUAAGUUAGCACUUUAUAAGUGUUAAACAUUGAUUGGAUUUAACAACGAUUAUUUAUUAUAAAAUAUAAGAAUAUACCAAGUA